AUCAAAAAUAUGGGGAAAGUAUCUUUUGGGUUUUUGGCUUUGAUACUUGUAGUGGUGGUGAUAGGGGUUGUGGAGUGUAGGAGAUUUGAGAAGGAGACGUUAGGAGGCGGUGGUGGUGGACUUGGCGGUGGUUUUGGUGGCGGAAAAGGUUUUGGAGGAGGGAUUGGUGGCGGUGGAGGUGCCGGUGCUGGUGGAGGUUUUGGAGGUGGUGUAGGAGGAGGCCAUGGUGGCGGUCUAGGAGGUGGCAUUGGUGGAGGCCACGGUGGAGGUAUUGGUGGUGGUGCUGGAGGUGGUGCCGGUGGAGGAUUAGGUGGUGGUGGAGGACUGGGAGGAGGCCACGGUGGAGGUAUUGGUGGUGGUGCCGGAGGAGGUGCUGGAGGAGGACUCGGAGGAGGCCAUGGUGGUGGUUUAGGAGGUGGUGCAGGAGGCGGUGCUGGUGGAGGACUCGGAGGAGGCCACGGUGGAGGUCUAGGAGGUGGUGCAGGAGGUGGGGCAGGUGGAGGACUCGGAGGAGGCCAUGGUGGAGGUAUUGGGGGUGGUAUUGGAGGAGGACACGGUGGAGGUAUUGGCGGUGGUGCAGGUGGAGGGGCCGGAGGAGGAUUUGGUGGUGGUGCAGGUGGAGGAUUCGGAGGAGGUGCUGGUGGAGGAGCUGGCGGAGGAUUUGGUGGUGGUGCAGGUGGGGGUCACGGUGGUGGUGCAGGCGGGGGAUUUGGUGGAGGAUCAGGCGGAGGAUUUGGUGGUGGAGGAGCUGGAGGAGCUGGAGGAGGAUUCGGCGGUGGUGGUGGUGCUGGUGGUGGAUUUGGCGGUGGAUUUUAAAUUUCUUAGUAACUAAAAUAUUCAUACAAAAUCUAUUCUUGGCUUUGAAUUAAGCUAGGGCUAGUUACUUAGGUACCAAGUCAUAUGAGAAGAAAGUAUAUCAUAUAUCCUUUGUGAUUUAUUUUGUAAGAAUAAUCAUAUCUACAAAACUUAAAGCCAUUUUCCAAUAUUCAUAAAUAAUUUUCGUUGGCUUGUUAAUCAAAUUGAUCAUUCGUGAGAAUAAUUUAAAAUUG